AUGCCACUCAGUGCUGGAAACGGAAUGGCGAGCGUUAUAACAAAUACACAAUUUGCUAAUGCGAUAAAUGAAAAUGCAGCAAUCGCUGCCGCCAAUCAAGAAGUAGCCAACGCGAUCACCAACGCCAACUUAGCAAAUGGUGCAGCGAAUGCCAAUCUAGCAGCUCUAGCGAGUGCUAAUUUAGCCGGAAUUAAUGGUAAUAUGGCAACUUUCAAUCUUGGCAAUGCUUUCACUAUUACAAGUGGAUCGCCUGGCAAUCCAGGCUUCGGAAUCCAAGUUUCGGGUGAUGCUUUAGAAGUCGGCGGUACGGUGGCCGUUAAUGGCCAAAUACCAAUCUACGGGACAGUAGCUGUUAACGGUAACCUACCUACAGAGGGUUCCGCAGCGGUUAACUACAACUGUGGAAGGCAGACUAUUGAUUGA